AUGUCAUCCACACCUAUGAAGAAGUUGCCCACUCGCCAUAAGGCCAUUGUCGUUGCUCGGAGCGGCUACGUUGACCUCGAGGAAGUCGACAUGCCAAAGCUGGGCACGAAUCAGAUCCUCGUCCAAGUUGGAGCAGCCGCCCAAUCCUCAUGCGACUGGCAGACGAUGGUAUACGCAAAAAAAUAUGGUGCUGUCGCUGGCUGCAACUUCGCCGGCACUGUCGUACAGAUCGGACCCGAUGUUCCAGAAAAUCAAUGGACGGUGGGCGAUCGAGUGGCUGGCUUCGUCCAUGGAGGCGGGUGGUUCACACGAUCUCCUCGCCCUCUUCGCUUUAAUUACGACUGUCCGUUAGGCCUAAUUUCCAAUGGCUCUUUUGCCGAAUACGUCGUCGCCUUCGCACACAUCGCAGUCCAUAUCCCGUCCAGUUGGUCACUGGAGGAUGCCUCGCAAUUAGGCAUUGCACCCUUCACCGCUUGCCAAUACCUCUAUCAUAUACACAACUUCCAUAUCCCCUCCGAACUCAAAGACCUCCCGGCCAAACCUGACGACGAGCGCGAGAUGCUACUCGUCUACGGCGGCGCGACGUCCGUCGGACUAUACACGAUCCAGCUUGCCAAGCUCUCCGGCCUGCGUGUAUUCGCAGCGUGUGCACCACGACACUUUGAACUCCUGCGCGAUUACGGUGCUGACGAGGUAUUCGACUACACGAACCCACAGGUUUCCAUGCGCAUCGGAAUGAACACCUAUGGCAAGCUGAAGUACGCUGUCGACAUCGUUUCCGAGAGGCAGUCUCCAUAUCAGGUAUCGCGAUCCCUCAGUCGUGAAGGGGGCAAGGUAUCAAGCUGUAAGAAGUAUGCCAGUCCCCGCCCAGGGGUUGAGGUGCAUUGGACGUUCCCAUUCAUGCUACUGCCCGAGAACUGUGAUUACCCUGCGCCCUAUACUUCGAAAGAGGAAGAACGGGACCGGGGGCAGAAGUACGCACAACUGAUUUCCAAUGUCAUCGCCAACGGGUCAGUCAAGCCCAUUCCUGCACUUAUUCUACCAGACGGAUUGGCGAGCGUCGCGCAAGGACUUGAGAUGAUGAUGGAAGGAAAUACCGUGGGGACAACAGUGACAUACCGGAUAUCUGACACGCCCGACAUCAGAAUCGAGGCGAAAGAUGAUGUAUUAAUGCCUCUUUAA